AUGGCUCGUCCGACCGCUCUGCUUGCGUCCAUCGGGCACCAGGCAGGGGCCCUCCGGGCCGCCGCGGCCCCCCGUCCUCCCUGCAGGCCCCCCUCGCAGCCGCCUCACACCCGAACCUCCGGCGCCGGCAGGCCUGGCCCAGCCGGGCACGGCCCGGGAGAGGAGACGGAGGUGUCCGGGGCUCCGGAACUGGAGGAAGAGCCAAAAGCCCCAGGGAAGAGCCCUAAGGAGGGAGAAGAGAGCGAAGACCCAUCUCCUGGGAGCCCAGGUGAGCCCAGGCCCGAGAGGCCGGCCCGGCGUGAGACGCUUCGAGAGAUGGCUCUGCGCAGCAAGAUGUCCCGGCUAAUAGCAGCAACUUCCCAGCUUGUACAAGUAGAACAGACUCUCCUGCUCCCUCUGCUACAGGAGCAUCCUCUUCCUCUCCACCCAAAAGAUAGCAUUGAGUUUAGAAACAUCUGUAUUCAUAUGGCUUUACAAAGAGAGGGACAACAAUUUGAGAGGGACUUACAGGAAGCCCACCAGUGUUUGAAGACCAUCGUUGAGAAACUCAUCUGUUCACUGACAAUUUUCCCUUCAGAUUCUUACAUCCCGGUCCAAUCUGCUCUGAGACAAAUCCUGCAAAAUCUCCUGGCAAUGUGA